GUGUCGUUUGGAAAAGCGUAUCGUAAAAAACAGAAAGAUACGCGUGCUCACCCGGUGGCACCGCAGCGUGCGUUAAGCUGAUGAACAGCGAAAGCCCUGUGUCGGUUCUGUGGGACAGCCUGUUGAAGGCGGCACAUCAGAAACCGCCGUCGCCGCCCUCUUUCUCUCGACAGAACAAACUGGAUAGGUCGAAGCGUCGUCAUCACCGCCAGCGACCUCGCAGCAUGGUGCGAAUGUCCGUGUAUGCAUGUAAGGGACAACAAGAACGCACCUUUUGGUGUGCCGAACCGUGCCGUCCCGAAAAGGUUCAGAUCAAAAAGAAGGUAAAGAAAGUCACCUUCUCUCCAUUGGUGACCGUUGUUGAGUUUACGGUGACAUCGAGUCGUUGGGAUUAA